UGAUUAUUUUUAUUUGUUGUGGGUUAAAAAAAUAAAGUAAAUUGUUAUCUAUGGAUGAUGAUAACCGUCACAUGCCGACAAAGAUGGUGGGGGUUAACUCCAAUGGGACAAUGUUAACUUUGAUUCUUUUGAUGGUUUUCCACUUUGCGUGCUAAUUUCCAAGAAAAAACAUGACUGUAUGAGUGAUUAUUAAUGAAUUAGAAGUUUUAGUUUGAUCAAUUUAGUGAAGAUGACGGUCACGUAUACAGCAGAGGUAGCAACGAGUAGAUUAGGAUGUUUUUUAAAAUUAUUAACAAGGUGGAGAGGAAGUAUUUAUAAGUUAGUUUGGUUUGAACUAACAAUAUUCUUGGUGCUGUAUUACUUUUUCAGUAUUUUAUAUAGAUGUGUAUUGGUAUACGAUGAAAAUGCUAAAAGUACUUUUGAAAAUAUUGUUAAAUAUUGUAAAGGUUACAUGGAUCUGAUACCAAUUUCGUUCGUUUUGGGAUUUUAUGUAUCAAUAGUUAUGACGAGAUGGUGGAAUCAAUACACAACUAUUCCAUUUCCUGAUCCUUUGGCUGUUUUUGUUAGUUCAACAAUUCACGGUAUGGAUGAAGGUGGUCGAAUGAUGCGACGUACAAUAAUGCGUUACGUCUGUCUUUGCAUAACAAUAAUGUUCACUGGUAUUUCUCCGCGAGUAAAAAAGCGUUUCCCUUCAUUGGACCAUUUAGUCGAGGCGGGUUUGCUGCAGGACAGCGAAAGAGAAAUUAUAACCGAUUUAAACGCAAAAUUUCCAAAAUACUCGAAAUAUUGGAUGCCCAUCGUUUGGGCAGCUAGUAUAAUAACGAGAGCUCGAAAAGAAGGCCGAAUUCGCGACGAUUUCGCCGUUAAAACGAUGCUAGAUGAAUUAAAUAAAUUAAGAGGAAAAUGCGGAUUAUUGCUCAGUUUUGAUACUAUAAGUGUACCUUUGGUUUACACUCAAGUGGUGACUUUGGCGGUGUAUACAUAUUUUUUAACGACUUUAAUGGGUCACCAAUUUAUCGAUACGAGUGAUAACAAUUAUUUUAAUAUGUAUUUACCCAUUUUUACUUUAUUACAAUUUUUCUUUUAUAUGGGAUGGUUAAAAGUUGCAGAAUCACUUAUUAAUCCAUUUGGUGAUGAUGACGAUGAUUUUGAAAUUAAUUGGAUGAUUGAUAGAAACUUGCAGGUUAGUUAUUUAAUAGUUGAUGAAAUGCACCACUCACAUCCUGAAUUAGUGAGAGAUCAGUAUUGGGAUCAAGUGUUCCCUGCUGAACUUCCGUACACGUUAGCUGCUGAACCGUUUCGUGAAUCGCAUCCUUUACCAUCAACUGCAAAUAUUGCAGUUUAUCGCGAUGAUAUUCUUCCACCUACGUCGGUUAAAGUUGACGAUAAUCAAAUUUACAGCGAUAUGAACAGUGGGAUUAUGUUCACUGCUAAACCAUCACAUUUAAGAAGGGGAACUUCGCAAUCUUCUAAUAUAGGUACAACUGUUCCAGAUUCAAUAUCUCGAGUAAGUUCGGUAACGAAUAUGUUGAAGAAAAUAUUUAAUCGCGAAAAUAGCCGAACGGAAUCAGAGCCUCAAAGAGAAUCUCCGAUUGAAUUAGCUCCUGGUACUUCGGUUCCAACAACUCCAAAAACGAUCGCUGGAAGUCCAGGAACGGCGAAUCAAGUAUUAUUAAAACCGGGGGCAACGAAACUUACCGAUCAAGUUAUUGAAGAAGUGGAUGAACAAACGACUAUAACCUCAAUGAAGGGGGCCAACGAUCUGAAACCGACGGUAUUUAACGUGUUUGGCGUUCCAGCAAGGUCACAACCUAUUUCCGUUCCGCAACAAUUAAAUAAAUAUGAUGACAUAUCACAUGAUCCUUUUUCAAAAUCAGCUCCUGAAGGUGAUGAAGAAAAAGAUCAAUGUGAUAACAUCAGUAUAGGCUCUGCUACGGAUGAGGAUAGUGAAGAGGAUGCUUUUACAAGGUUAAGAAGGAAAAGAUUGCAAGAAAGGAGGAGUAGGUUUAUGUUGAGCUUGGGUAGAUCGUUGAGCAGUAACGUAGAUUUUAAUGAGCACCAAAAUUUAAUAGAUAGAUCGCCGACGAGUCCGCAAUACAUAAGAAGCACCUCUCAAAGGGAUAACCUGCAUGAUCAUGCUGAUAUUUUAUUAUACGAAAAAAUGCCGCCAGAACAUAAAUGAUGUUUUGAUUAACUUUAAUUAAUAGAUUUAAUAUGAUUUAAAUAAACAAACAACUUGCAAUGUGAUAUAAAAAUGUUUAAGGAUAACUUAUUCUUGUUAAUAAGCUGCAAUCAAAAUGCUAUACAUUACUUAUUUUAUAUAUUUUUAUAAAGUCUUUAACAGUAUUUUUUAAUGUAGGUGUAGA